AGCUUCCGCUUCCGGCUUUUUAGUUCCGGGUUCUCCGGUAGAGGCGGCGAUGGCAGCGGCGGCCUCCUCCUCGGCGGCGGCCGCGGGCUGCCAGGAGGGCCCGGCGGUAGCGGCAGGGAGCGGCUGGAGCGAGUCCCAGUUCCGGCGUUACUCCUUCGAGACGCGGCCUAUCCCGCGGCUCAGCCACAGCGACCCCCGCGCCGAGGAGCUCAUCGAGAACGAGGAGCCAGUGGUGCUGACAGAUACGAAUCUGGUUUAUCCAGCUCUGAAAUGGGACCUGGACUACCUUCAGGAAAACAUUGGCAAUGGGGACUUCUCAGUGUAUAGUGCCAGCACACACAAGUUUUUGUACUAUGAUGAGAAGAAAAUGGCCAAUUUUAAGAACUUCAAACCCAAGUCGAGCAGGGAAGAGAUGAAGUUUGCUGAGUUUGUGGACAGACUCAGUGAAAUACAACAAAAAGGGAGUGCUGAGAGGCUGUAUCUGCAGCAAACACUGAAUGACACAGUUGGAAGGAAGAUUGUGGUGGAUUUCCUUGGUUUCAACUGGAACUGGAUUAACAAGCAACAAGGGAAACGUGGCUGGGGUCAGCUGACUUCUAACUUGCUUCUUAUUGGCAUGGAAGGGAAUGUGACACCAGCUCAUUAUGAUGAGCAGCAGAACUUCUUUGCUCAGAUUAAGGGUUACAAGAGAUGUAUCCUGUUCCCUCCUGAUCAGUUUGAAUGCCUCUACCCUUAUCCUGUGCACCAUCCGUGUGACAGACAGAGCCAGGUGGACUUUGACAAUCCUGACUAUGAGAAGUUUCCAAACUUUCGGAGCGUGGUUGGCUAUGAGGCGGUGGUGGGGCCAGGGGAUGUGCUAUACAUACCUAUGUACUGGUGGCACCACAUUGAGUCUCUCCUGAAUGGGGGGAUUACCAUCACUGUGAACUUCUGGUACAAGGGUGCCCCAACCCCAAAGAGAAUCGAGUAUCCAUUAAAGGCUCAUCAGAAAGUGGCGAUAAUGAGGAACAUUGAGAAGAUGUUGGGAGAAGCCUUAGGAAAUCCACAAGAGGUGGGUCCCUUGUUGAAUAUGAUGAUUAAGGGACGGUAUGACUAAUGCCUGCCUGCCCGGAGUGACUGAUGUUGGAGCUGCUUUGUUCACAAGCAAUGGAAGAUACUGAGCGCUAGUAUUGCACGCGGCACUUAACAGACUGAUGGGUUUCCUGGCCUAUCCUUGCCCCACUACAAUAAAGGGGGCUACUGGAACUGCAAAACCGUUAGUACCCCAUUCAUCUUCCACUCUCAUCUAACCGAACCUCCCAAGAAAGAGUCUGCACUUGUUGGAAGCUGGAUUCAUGCUCACUAACUUGUUUUUUUCUCCCUCUACCCUGUUUGCCACAACAAGGAGCAUGGCUUCUGGCACUGGAUGUGUUGCUUCAAGAAUUUCAGGCAUUUGAAGAAAAGCUUGGAGGAGAACCAGGAGUGAUCUUGUUUCCUCAGCCUCACGGGGUUUGGACUUCCUGGCUGGGUUUAUGUUUUGGUGCCUGCAGUGGAUAUAAGGUGGAAAGUGAUAGGUUUCACAGUCCUCUGUUGUUAGAGGACCUGUCCAUGCUCAACUGUGGCACCUUUUUGUAUAAUGGAACAUGUGAGAUAGCCUGUGUGUGAUGAGCAACAGGAUAAAUGAUUCUGUUUCUUCAGCUUAAGACAUCUAUGCUUUGGACUUAGCACAGGGUAGAGAUCACAGUGAAUUCAUCUAGUGUGUGAGCGCCAAAUCCUAUCCUCUCCAAAUAAUGUGUUGUAGGAGUCUAGAUAAACCUCUUUUCUGACAGCUUUCUCUGGGAAGUGAAGGCUGCUCUCCUGCUCUUUUGAAGCUGCAGUAUGGUUAAAAGGGGAUGUAGCAUUAUGAAGGGAGGUGCAUAAAUGCCAGGGCAUUCUCCGAGUCUUGGAACAAUUAAGCCACAUUUUUAAAUAAAAUUCCCCAGGGGUGCUGAGCCAGACUGUCAAAAUGCAGUGUCAGAUAGGUACAGAGCUUCCCGUCUCCCCACCAGGGGUGCUGGCUCCUUGGACUAACAUGGGAAAGUGCCCUUUUUACUGAAACUGCAAGAACUCAAGUGUGUGUGGCUGCGCACAGGUGCGCAUGUUUGUGUGAUGUUGUGUGGCUCCUGUCCAUCAGUUAAAUCCAUGCCAGUGUGUGGUUCCCUUCCUUGUACAGUCAUGUGAAAGAGGUCAGGGCUUUCUGUUUAAAUGUGGUUAAGGUUAUCUUGAUCCUUUUUGUGUGCUGGGACUUGACAUGGCAGGCUGGGAAGUGACAAGACUGGAGCACAGGAACCAGACAAGCCUCUUAAAGAGUCCUCAGCAAUCACCCUGAAAAAUAAUUUUGCUUUCCACUUCCAUGCAAAAGCCUUGAGCUCGUAUGGAGGCUGGCUUUUGCUUCCCUGAAGUGUGCUGCACUGCUCUCCCUGGUUUGGGGGGUGGUGCAAGGUCUUGUGUAUUUGAUGCAAGUUGUAAGGAUCCCAAGAGCUUAGAUGUAGGAGAUGUUUCAUAGCCCGUUAAUCUCAUCCCAGAGAAGUGGGGAAUUUGUUCUGUUGAGACUUCCCAAUGUUUUUCUCUGUUCUUCAGGACUUGUUCUGACAUGGGAUUCUCAUAAGAGUGUUGAGAACAUGUGCUCUGUCUUUUGUUGGGAUGGCUCAUGCACCACCUGCAGUGAGCUUGCCUUGCACUAAGCUGAGAGGCCUCUCAAACAGGAGGUCCUAGGGGCUAGUUGGCUGCUUUACAGGUCAGAACAACUGAAGUGUAAUUGGCAGCUGUGGGGUCCUUGUUUAAGAAAUACAUCUGUGUUACUGAGUAGUGUCACUGCCAUGUUUACUUGUUACAGACUCUCCAGAGCUGUGGUUACAUCCAGGUGAAGGUUGCUCAGCUGGAUGCUUAUCAAUGCUCAGCCUUUGGGCAGGUGGGGAAGAACGCUAAGCUGCUCACUCUGGCCAAAAGCAAGACCUUCCCAGGAGUACUGGGCACAUGCCUGUGGUUGAAAAAUGCUCAAAUGAAAUCCCACCUCUGUGCUAUUUAUUCAGCACAUGGUAGUCUCCAGUACUAUUUGUUGGGACACUGUCAACUCUUGAAGCUCAGGGUGGGAGUUCAUAUCCUAUGUGGAGAGAGAAUGGUACUUACAGAACUUCAGAAUCCUUUUGUUUUUUCUUUAUUUGCCAAAGGUCUAACUUUUAAAGUGUCUGAACAGGUUUUGCUGCACUUGAUUUCGUGAAAGCUUAUUCACAAUGCACUGAUGGACUGACUCCCCCCCUUCCCUAUUCACCUUGUGCUUUCAAUGCCCCUUGCCAUGGUAUUGGGAAGCUGUGUGUGUUCUCUGCUAGGGGUGUGUGUGCGGGGGGUGGGGCGUGACACACACGGUACCUUCUGAAGUGUAGUUCUUAAAUACAACCAAUGUUGAACAACAGAA